AUGCUGAACUGGCAGGCUCAGAAGAAGGUGGGCCCCUUCCAGUGUGACAAGGCCCAGGUCUACAGCAAUCAGGCUGUGGAGAUUGGCGGCAUGACCGCGGAGGUCAUAGACAGCGACAUGAAGUGUGAGUACGGAGGGGACUCGCAGUCCGCCCUGAACACGUGGAUUUUCAUCGCCGCGUGGCAAAGAGUGUUCGAGGACGUUGGUGACUACGCCUUGUACGAAUGGACAGUCAAGGUGGACGCCGAUGCGGUAUUUUUCCCGAACAGGCUGAAGUCCGUUUUGGCGAACCACGCCGGCCAGGCCUACCUGAGCAACUGCAAGUACGGGCUCCAUGGGCCGAUCGAGGACCGGUGUUUUCAAAGGCCGCCCUGGACGCCCUGGCGGCCGACUACCAGAGGAUCCCAGGCGUGGGACAAGAAGUCGCCCGCCACCUGCGUCAACGGGCUCCAGUUUGGGGAGUACGGGGAGGACAUGUUCAUAGACCAGUGCCUUGGGAAAGUCCUCGGGGUUGGCACCCCCGCCCUCGAGCCGCUGCUGAUAUGCGAGGACCACUGCGACUGCCCUGAGUACUUCGCGUGCCCGGCCAGCGACAGCUACCGGGUGGUGUUCCACCCCUUCAAGUCAGUUGGCGCCUACGAGAACUGCAUGGGCACCGCCCUCAACGGGCCCAUCGCCACCGCGGGGGGCGCCGACGAGACGGCGGCCGCCGACGAGACGGCGGCCGCCGACGAAACGGCGGCCGCCUCGGCGUACGGUGAGCAGUGA